CCUAGUUCCAAUGGAAAGUGAAGAAAUCAUCUGCAAUUUCUGAGUGCAAACGAAUGCCAGUGUUAUACUUGUAGUUUGACACUGGUGGACAGUGGAUCCUGUUCAUGUCCUCUGGCUGAUGUGCCAUAGGUCAAAAUGGGCAGAACUCCUCAGAAAGAGCAAAAAGAUGCUAAAAAGGAGAAACUUGGGAGGGGUGUUGAUGUCACAGGUCCCCCGCAGACAAACUCUAAUGAGCCAUUCAGCUGGGAAGCUUACUUAAAGGAGACCUCGUCUUCACCUGCCUCUCCCAGCUGUUUCAGACAGGCUAGGAUCCCUCCUAGCAAUGACUUCAAAGUGGGAAUGAAGCUAGAGGCUCAUGAUCCACGGAACUCUCCUUCUGUCUGUAUCGCCACGGUGAUGGGCUUGAUGGGAACACGACUACGACUGCGACUGGAUGGUACUGACAACACCAAUGACUUCUGGAGACUUGUGGACUCCUCUGACAUCCAGCCAAUUGGCACGUGUGAGAGAAGUGGGGACAUGCUACAGCCGCCUUUGGGGUUUCGAAUGAAUGCCUCGUCAUGGCCCAUGUUCCUUCUAAGGACAUUAAGUGGAGCUGAGAUGGCUCCAGCUUCAGCAUUUAAAAAGGAACCCCCAAGGCCCUCUCAGAAUCACUUCAGACCAGGCAUGAAGUUGGAAGCAGUGGACAAGAAGAACCCACAUCUCAUUUGUCCUGCCACCAUUGGCGAGGUUAAAGGUGAUGAGAUUUUUGUCAUGUUUGAUGGCUGGAGAGGCGCCUUUGACUAUUGGUGCAAGUACGAUUCCCGAGACAUCUUCCCUGUGGGCUGGUGUGCCCUGACCAACCACAGUCUACAGCCUCCUGGCAGCAGUUUCACUCUUCCGAAGAGUCUGAUCCCAGUGCUGUAUCCAUCGAAGCCUACACGCCGCUCCAUGCAGUCUCCGUACCGGUUGCCACACCCCCUGCCCCCGCUCCCCGUCAGGAAGGGUGUGCGGGGACGUCGGCCCAAAAGUGAGACCAUCGCCCUUCUUAAAGCUGCGGCUGAAGCAGCUGCGGCAGCGGCAGCUCAAAACGGCGCAACACAGACCAGCACAGUCAAGAGCUCCUCUGCAGCCCAGCUCGCCCCAAGGCCCCACAAAAAGAAAGGACCCAAACCCGGCAGCAAGAGGAAACCACGAGUUUCACAGUCUCUCUCAAGUCCUGCAUUGUCGUCUUCUGCUCCAGAGAGUAGAUUAUCAGGGCUCCAGUCCGCAAAAGAUAACUCUAAUAACCUCAGCACUGGCUCAGGAGUGGUCUCAACUGUGUGUGUUUACGUGAACAAGCAUGGAAACUGUGGCCCACACUUGGACCGGAAGCAGAUGCUACAGCUGCCGGACCAUUUUGGGCCAGGCCCUGUGAACACAGUCCUACAGCAUGCUGUACAGGCCUGUGUGGACUGUGCCUACCAGCCCAAAACCCUCUUCAGUUUCUUACAGUCACAGUCAGAUGGAGGAGAAAUAAUUAGAGUACGAUCUGAUGGUGGAAUACACUAUGUGAAGCUGCCCACUGCCUCCAGUGCAUCGUUUGUGCUGCGUUUCCUGGAGACGCUGUGUCACCACCUGCAGUGUGACAACCUCUUCAGCAGCCAGCCUUUCAGCCCCUUCACCUCUUCUACUCAUCCCACCUAUGAUAGGAGCAUGUCAGAGUCUCUUUCUCAUGGUGAGAAUGGUGUGAUGAAGGAGAAACAGUUCUCUGAGGAGCCCAUGGAUUCUGCUUCUAACUCUGUGACCCCACAACCACCAACGCUGCGCAGCUCAUCAGAGUACCGCGCCCCAUCCAGUGGUAACCCCCUCUACCCCAGCCACCCUCCUCCCUUACGCCGACUUACCUCCAACCCUCCUGAGGUGGGCUCCACGCGCCUGCAGAGACGAGUGGAAGCGGCCAGUUCCACUACAGGCCCAGAGCACCAGACAGCUGAGAGGGAAGCGACCAGGGUGUCCAAUAAGAGCCCUUCCACGUGGACUAUAGAGGAAGUGAUGCAGUUUGUGCGUGACGCAGACCCUCAAGCAUUAGGGCCACAUGCAGAACUCUUUAAGAAACAUGAGAUUGAUGGCAAAGCCUUGAUGCUGCUGAGGAGUGACAUGAUCAUGAAAUACAUGGGGCUUAAGCUUGGUCCAGCACUUAAACUCUGCCACCACAUUGAGAGACUCAAACAAGGCAAACAGUAG